AUGUUUGGUUGUAUUGGGACAUAUUCAAGCCCACUACCAGCUUUACAGUUUUGCUGACUGCACGAUGGUCAACCUUUGCUGCCUUUGCUGCGGUGAAAUCCCUCAACCCCGCCCCCCUCGGUCGGACCAGCCGGGACCACCGCGGGAUCCCCACUGCACUGUGCAGCUGCAGCCUGCGAGCAGCAACAACAGUGCGGUGCUGACGGGGAAGCCUAAUAGGGCAAACAGAUAGAGGGGAGAUAGAUAUAUGCACGAUGCAAGGACAACUCAAUAAAUAAAUACAACGAGAGUGAUUGUGCACUUCCUGUCUGACAUGCAAGAAGUGCAGGAUGCUCUCCUCCGACCUGGACUCUGCGGAAGACACCGAGGCCAGUGUUCUCAAUGAUGCUGAGGAAGAGGAGCAGGAGGAGGACUCUCCGGCUGAGAGUGAUGUGGAGGAGCAGCGCCCAGUCAAGCAGUCACUGGGAGCCUGCGUGUGCCGAGAGCCUCACUGGCGCUGCCUGCUGCUCUCCCUGCUCAUGUACAGCUGCCUGGGCGCCAUCAGCUGGUGCCAACUGAGUCGGGUCACAAAGAUCAACUUCAACUCUGCCCUCACCUCCGCCUUCUCAGCCUCCUUUUCCUCCUCACCACAAAGGAGUUCCGGGAUGGGACCUGGAGGCCACUCCAUGAUCUACCACGAUAGUCCCUGCUCUGAUGGCUACAUCUACAUCCCCUUGGCCUUCCUGUUCAUGCUCUAUGUGUUGUACAUGGUGGAGUGCUGGCACUGCCGGGCCCGCAGCGAGCUGCAGUGCAAAGCGGAUGUAGACAGCGUGUAUGAACGCGUGCUGCGCAUGCAGCAAGCUCAGCCUUGCAUUUGGUGGAAGGCCAUCAGCUACCACUUUGUGCGCAGGACGCGGCAAGUCACCCGCUACCGGAAUGGGGACGCCUACACCACCACGCAAGUGUACAACGAGAGGGUCAACACGCACGUAGCUGAAGGAGAGUUUGACUACAGCCGCUGUGGCAUGAAGGAUGUGUCACGUGACGUCAGAGGGUUGGAGGAGCAUCCUGCAACCCGUCUGCAGUUCACCAAGUGUUUCAGCUUCACUGAGGCCGGCCCCGAGAACGACUACCUCAAUCAGCGAGCGAGGUUCUUCUCAGAAAUUGAAGGUCUGGAUGAUUACAUGGAGGCCAGGGAAGGCAUGCAGCUGAAGAAUGUGGACUUCAGGGAGAACCUAAUAGCGUAUGUGCACCCAGAUAAGAUGCCCUGGUACACGUCGCAGGUGGCAUUUUGGUUGGCUGCUCUCUUCAUGCUCUCCUGGCCUCUGAGAGUCCUCAUAGAGUACCGCACUGCAUACGUGCACUAUCGCAUAGAGAAGCUAUUUGGGAUAGACUACACUUCCCCGCUAGACGAAGACAGGAAUGUUAGCAGCGGUUGUGCUAUUCCGAGAGUCGACACGCUGGACAGCACGGAAUUAGAAUGGCACAUCCGCUGCAACCGCCAGGUGAUCCCCAGCUACUCCGAGGCCAUGCUGAUAAACAUGAGCACGGCCGACUCUGACUCUUUGCAUGACACUGAAUGUACCACAUCCUCCAACUGCUACCUUCUGGACAGCAGCCCCACCACCCAGAGCUACGGAGCGCUCCAAAGUCAGUCGGAGCAAGUCAGCGAACAGAACACACGGGAAGGCGGGCGCAGGAGGAUGAGGAGGAGGACCAUCACCAGCUCCAGCUGCUCCUCCCUUUUCUCCUGCCAGGGGGCACGCUUCCGCUCCCGCCUGUCCUCUGCCACGUCCCGGUUCUCUCUCUGCCGUAUGUACGGGUCACGUCGCACGGUGGGUCUGUGGAGGAGCCGGAGCAGCAACAUGACGGACCCCUGCUGCCUGGACGAGCAGGGGGGACGCUCAGACUCCAGUCAGCUGGCCCUCAGCGACAGUCCACCCAAUUACAGUGAUGCAAGGUUCUUUCCUGUACUUAUAGUGCAUGGACCUGAUGGCUGCGGGGGCGAGAAUGGCGGAGAGGUGCAGCGUAGCCACAUACGAAGAGACUCGUCAUGCGUGGAGACGGCCCUGUGACAUUUACUCCUGAGACCAGGGGUGUCCAAACUUUUUUUUUUACUGAGGGCCGACGUACUAAAAAGCUAAGAAAUUAUACAUGCAGGUGCACCUCAAUAAAUUAGAAUAUAUUUGAAAAGUGCAUUUAUUUUAGUACUUCAUUCAGAAGGUGAAACACUUACAUUCUCUACAUUCACGACACAGAGAGUGAAAUAUUUAAAUUUCAUUUCUUAAUCAUUUUGAGUAGCAUAGCUUACAGCUAAUAAAAAAAAACAAAUUCAGUAUCUAAUAAAUAAAAAAUCUGAAAAAUGAAUUAUCUAGGCCGCAUGGUGGUCUAGUGGUUAGCAUGUUGGCCAACACAGUAACAGCCUGGAGAUCGGGAAGACUUGGGUUCGAUUCUUCUUUGGGCAUUUCUGUGUGGAGUUUGCAUGUUCUCCCCGUGCGUAGGUGGGUUUUCUCCGGGUACUCCGGUUUCCUCCCACAUUCCAAAAACAUGCAUGUUAGGUUAAUUGGUGACUCUAAAUUGUCCAUAGGUAUGAAUGUGAGUGUGAAUGGUUGUUUGUCUAUACGUAUGUGCCCUGCCAUUGGCUGGCGACCAGUCCAGGGUGUACCCCGCCUGUUGUCAGCUGGGAUAGGCUCCAGCAUGUCCCCACAACCCUAAAGAGGAGAAGCGGUAUAGAAAAUGGAUGGAUGAAUUAUCCAAUUAAAUGUGAAAAAUUGUCAAUAAGUUUUAUAUCGUAAACUACUUUGCACUCUAAUCAACAAAAAGACUGCAAACCUCCUGAGCUUUAAAUUGGUCUCUUAGUCUGAAUUCAACUUCUGAAAUCAAAUAACUUUUGCACUAUAUUCUAAUUUACUGAGAUGCAUCUACAUUUAAAAAAAAAAGCAUGCAUGUCAUUUUCUCAUUACGUUAUGCCUUUUUGCUAUUUUUGUUUUCGUUUUUAGUUUUCUUGUACUUAUGGAAUGUGCCACGUGCCAAUAAAACAUGAUCUGUGACCACAAAUGGCCCCUGUGCCGCACUUUGGACACCCCUGCCUUAGCCAGAAGAAAUCUUUUUCAAUAAAUGCCAAUGUAAAUAUGAAGUGUUAAACUGUUUUCCUACCAGAAACUGCUUGCUACGGCCUGCUAACAUGUUCAUGGUGUCACACAAGGACGUGCAUUUUACAGUGCUCAUACAUGCAAAAGUCAUACAAGCCACCAUUAGUUUUGUUGUUCGUAACAGGCUACUUCCUGGUUCAUGGAGGAUGGUGGACAGCGCCAUUAUGAUUUAGGGGCCUUGAUGGUUUCAUUGAUGCCAAAAUGUGAAAAUACACUCCUGUAGCUGCCCAUUGAUCCGGAUUCUCACCAAAAUUGAAUGGGUUCUUUCUAGGCCAAUGCAUCAGCCCUCUAAUAAGUUGCAUAGUCAUCAGUUUGAUAUUAUUUACAUAAUUCUGCUAUAUGUAUCCGUCCUUUUAAAUGUUUUACUAUGUCAAAACAAUUGCUGUGAAAAGGGUAUUUCAAAUAACAUUGUUGUUUUUUUCCAAUAUUAUUGUCAUUGGGAUUGGAGAAUCUCUGUCUGAAUGUUCUGAACUCCUGUUUCCAUGGUGGUGUUGUAUUGAGCAGAGUAAUGCAGCCUGGAGGAGUUGUGCCAUAGUGUGGAUGUAGCUCAGCGUCCCAUAGCUGAUGCCAUGUUGGUUUUCUUGCUACAGCAAGCUAGUUGACACUGGAUCAACAGCACCUCUGCUGGUUGUAGCCAAGUAGUGCAUCCUGAGGUCCUAAGACUUAUGCACUGUGCUGUACCUGCAAAGAUACACAAUGUUUUUUUUUGUUACAUUUGAACUGACACAGUGAAUACUUUUUAAAUCAGAUGUCAUACUGUAUAUGAUCAUAUAAGUGUGUGUGUGUGUUAUUUUGCCCAUUUUAUCUACUAUUGUUACUAAUUGUCCAAGAACAGGAAGAGCUCCACAUUUUUAGUCAAGUUUAGUAAAGUUAUUAUUUUUCAUGAAGAGAAAACACACUGAAGAGGGGUCCUUUUUCCAUUCCAAACUCGUUGUAUUAUAGUAGAGAAAUGAGAGAUGAUUUGAAGUGAAUUACAACUGUAUAAACAAUAACGCUAUUUUACUAUAAAAAAACAACAUUUUUAUCUGUUUUUU